UCGGAUGAUGUGGUUCCCCCUGCCUCUGCCCCCCUUGCCUUGUCCUGCCCCUUGUCCACACCCCACUUCAAAGUCCCUGACCAUCCCUGCCCACUUGUCACACCUGCCCGUCCCCCAGACCCUUCGCCCCAGCACUGUAUCUUCUGUGUCCCUCACCAUCGCUGGUCAGUACAUCGUGGAUGACACCGACUUUGUUGAAGUCGAUCUCGGUGAUGAGGAGAUCAUCCAGCCAACCCACUCCUUCCUGAAGGCCUUGCUGUCCAGAGUGGCCAGCUUCUUCAGAAGAAUCAAGAGUGUGUUUAAGAAGAAGGACGAUUAGGCAGUGAACUCGGAACUUAUACAUCUAUACAAAACAUUUAUGAGUGAUUUUUAGGACUCAU